AUGCAGAGCCCCCGGCUUCCAGUAGCGGACGACUUCGGCACUGACACCGACACUCGAGCCGAUGUUGAGAGAUUCGCACCAGUCCAGCAGAACACGGACGCGUGGAAGCCGACUUGGGAGGUUUUCCCGUUGAAGGUGCACCGUGGAUAUGACCUCAGAGUCAUCGAGAUCCAACGGGACUGGGACGAUGAGGAACUGCUGCGUGAACUCGGCAUUGCGUAUGAUAGACUACGCACGUGGUAUCGGAAAUACUUCUCUGUCAUGAACGUUUGGUGGAUCAACCAACAUUUCGUCUUUCCGCAGAGGGUGGGCCCGGCGAAGAUAAGCCCACAUCGCAACAUGCGCAUGCGCUAUCUACUUGCGCACCCUGACCACGUGAAGGGUCAGCACGAGAUCAUGCGUGCACUUACCGAGCGCCGGGACUAUGGCGUCGAAUUUGUCGAGCGUGCUGAAAUGGGUCGGAUGGUGCUGCUUGCCAGUGCCCUGGCUGCAUUUCCACUCGGCAUUGCUAUCGUUUAUGGGAUCUCCAACGGAGACUGGCCUGGAGCGUUUGGUAUCGCUGGUGAGCCUGUCGAGUGA